GACCGAGCCUGGUGGGGACGCUUAUGUUCGCUGUCCUUGUACAGCGAUAAGUUGGCUCUAACGUUAAUUAUUAUUUCAGCGAGUUCAGUAGAGUCACGGUUAAAUUGACGGUGUUUGUAGGGCUGCUGUGCGUAUACCGUAAAUGGGCGUGACAGCUACACAUCAUCAACAACAACAACAACACAACAAAAACAACGGCUCUGCUUCCGGUUUCUGGAUGUAGCUGUCAGAGUCCAGCAUCUUUUUUUUUUAAACGGGGAACCGCUUUAUCAGCAGGUCAGUAGCUUCAUUUAGCUGUUGUCGAUUAAUAAUGGUCACUUUUUGCAAACUGUCAGCAACCAGAUUCACAGUAUAAUCCGCGGGCUGUGACACUUUAACCUCCGUUACGCAAGCUUUAGCAUGAGCGAAGGAGAGGUGUUCCAUGAGAAGCAAAGACUGGAGCUGUGCGCCAUUCAUGCACUCAACAACGUGCUCCAGGAGCGGGUGUUCACCAAGGAGACAGCCGACGACAUCUGUAAACGGCUGGCUCCACAGUGUGUGGUGAACCCUCAUCGGUCAGUGUUUGGCACGGGAAACUAUGACGUCAAUGUCAUCAUGGCAGCACUACAGAGCAGGGAACUGGCUGCGGUGUGGUGGGACAAACGCAGGACGGUACAGAGCCUUUGCAUGUCCAAGGUCCAGGGUUUUAUUCUUAACGUCCCAUCACGAGUAUCGCUUGGGAUUGUGUCCCUCCCACUCCGACGGCGGCACUGGCUUGCCGUUCGGCAAGUUAAUGGACAGUACUACAACCUCGACUCCAAAUUGAAGAGUCCUGUCUGUAUUGGCGGAGAAGCAGAGCUACGCACAUUUCUCAGUGAACAGCUUUCUCAGGAUGUGGCAGAGAUGCUCCUGGUCGUCCGGCGGGAGGUGGAAGAAGACGGUUCAUGGCUGAACUCCGACAACCCUAAAAAGUGAUGCCUUGGGACAUACCUUUACAUUUUAGCAUGAAAAAAAUCUCCUCUGGGAAAAUGACAGACAUUUUUUUAAAAAAACAAACACCUCACAAAAAUCUCUUCAGGGAAUGCACUAUAAUACGUUUAAAAUUUACAAACAUACACACAAAGGAAGUUCCAAAGAGAAGCAGAGACAGGCGUUUACUCCCUAAAUGAAGAACUGUUUUGAUUGUAACAGCUGUAAAUGCAAUUGCUCUGAUGUGACCCAUGUAUUUGCAUUGUCCUGUUCUUGGUACGUCUGUUGGAGAAGGUGCAUCCAAGCUAACAGUGUUGCAAGAUUGAGGCAAAUGUGGACUAAUUUGAUAAUACUUAGGUUGAGACAUACUGUAUGACUGAACUUUCACUGUUUUGUGGUAGAAAAAUUGCAGGCAGUGUUUGUGCAUGAAAAACUAUCUGCCGUAAUGAUAACUGGACUACUUUGAUUACUAAAACAUCAAGAGAAAAUUCGCUGGAUUGAAUUUGCCAUGUAGAAUACCAUUGGACUUUUGUGAUCCUGUUGCCAAAAUUAGAUCAGUAUGUACUGUAUGUAGAAAAUGGUAAAGUCAAAAUUUAUCAGUUAUCAAGCAGCACCUGAGUGCACCAUCUCUUCCCACGACCUUUGUUGUGAACUUUCUAUGCACUACAGAGUUAGAUUUGUUAGCACUGUUUGUCUUUUUGUGUGUUCAUGCAGGCACAUGUACUGGAAGGUAUCACCUGGUGAAGCACUGAGGGACUUAACCAGUGUUUUUGCAUGUGUUCAUCAGUUUAUCACAAAUCCUUUCUCAGACAUUGUUCAUAAUGUGAUGCAGAUUCUUAAAUGUUAGAAUAUGUUUUUCUGAUUCUCUAGGCAGCCUUUGUUUUCAUUUCGUUUAGCUUUAGUGUACAGAAAACAAUUAGAGAUUUGAAAGAUGUGUUGAGACAGGUAAUCCAUCACAAAUAACAUCUUGCCUCUUCUUUUUUUGUCCAAGUCAUGUUAUUGUAGUGUGAUAACACAGUUGAAUCCACACAGUAAUGAAGCUUUGACAAAAACAGUCUGUCUACAAAAGUAGACAUGACAUUCCUUGUCAAGGGUUACCUAUUGCAACCAGGUUUAAAGUGUCUUCAGGUUCAUACUAACACUGCUCUGUAUUGACAGUGGCUGCAUGGACAUCAGUAAGAUCACUAAAAGCAAACAAUGCAGAAAUGUAAAUUACACUACUUGUUAUUAGUUGUAACUGAGUUAAACAUGCAAAAACACUGGUUCUGUGCUGUAUGUAACCUUUAUGUUUGUAUUUUGUCUAGCCUAUUGAUCUAUGCAUAUCCAAAAGAACAGGAGCAUCGUCUCCAGGACACACUAGUGACUAACUCACACAUAAACCUAAGCUCAGAGGUUCAUCAUACUGAAACUUAUUUAUAUUAAACUUUGAUCUGUUGUUUUUAGUAUGAAUCUAUUAUAAUACAUGAUGUGUGUGUUUCUUGUAGACAUGAUGAAGGCCAGUGUCGGGUUAUUGAAGUUAUUUUUAUUUAUAUUAGACU